AUGGAGGCGAGCGAGGGAGGUCGUCGGUCGGGCCGCGAAAAGCUGGACGGGACUCGCCCGCAGGCGGGGGACGGAGACGGUGGCACCGGGUCUUCGUACCACCGAUUGAGUCAACGGAUGCAAGACGUUACUGGCGACAGAGGAGUAUUGAAGGAGAUUAUCCAUGCUGGGACUGGUGUCAUAGUGCCUCCCGAUGCUUCAGUAUUAGUGAAAUUUUCGGGGUACUUGGAACACACGGACAGACCCUUUGACACAAACUGCUUCAAAAGAAAUCUGAGACUCAUGAAACUUGGCGAAGAUAUUACGCUGCGGGGUAUGGCGGUUGGGCUGCUGACCAUGAAGAAAGGGGAGCUGGCCCGAUUUCUCUUCAAGCCAGAUUAUGCCUUUGGAACGGCAGGCUGCCCUCCCUUGAUCCCCCCGAAUGCCACCGUCCUGUUUGAGAUCGAACUGUUGGAUUUCUUAGACACUGCGGAAUCCGACGAGUUCUUUGACCUGACACCUGAGCAACAGGAGAGGUUCUCCCUACAGAAAGUGCUGAAGGUGGCAGAAACUGAGCGGGAGUUCGGCAAUUACCUCUUCCGCCAGAGGCACUUCAUGGAUGCCAGAGAAAGAUACAAGAGAGCUUCUUCAGUCUUGCUCCGUGUGGCUGCCAAGGAGGACGAACAAGAAAAAGUAGAUAGCGCCAAACUGCUGGUCUUCUUGAACUUGUCCAUUACUUACUUGAAACUUCAGCAUCCUACUCGGGCACUUUUCUAUGGAGAAAAGGCCGUGGAGCUAGAUCAGAAAAAUGCCAAAGCCCUGUUCCGGUGCGGCCAGGCAUGCCUCUGUCUGGCAGAGUACAAGAAAGCUCGUGAUUUUCUUGUCCGAGCACAAAAAGAGCAGCCCUUUAAUCAUGACAUCAACAAUGAAUUGAAGAAGCUGGCCAGCUGUUACAGACAUUACAAGGACAAGGAGAAAGAGAUGUGCUCCAGGAUGUUUAGCUGCCCUCCAGCAGGAGAAGAAUUAAAGAGUCCCGUUCUGCAGAAGAAAGAAGCAGGCCCAUAACAGGAGGGAAGUCCUGCUCCCGGCAUAGUUCAGGCCCCUCGCUUCCUUCAAGAUCCAGAACUGAGAAGACGGUGAGGUGGUUUGGUUGGUUUUCUUUCAAAACAAAUGCCGUGUUUCUCCAGGUGUUGCUUCUCGCCAGUGGCGUUCUGAAGCCAGGAGUAUUAAAAGCUCCUGUUGAACAGAAGACGUUUCCCAUCAGAUGGAAAGAGAAUCCUCCAGUGCUGGGGAACUGUUACUUUAUUUGGA